CGGAAUAUAUCCAAUUGUUCUUGUUAAGCGUGUUGCUGUGACUACAUAUCAAGGAUUAUCUUUAUCAACAAGAUAUGACACAUGUAUAGAACUAUAUCCUGAUACCCAACAUGCUAUUGCACUAAAACAAUGGAGAUCUACUAAUGCUCAAGCUAUUCAGAAUAUGAACACCGAACAAGCGUACAUGGACUCACUUGUUAGGUUUGCACUACCGGAAAUGCAAUCUAAAUCUCAUGUCAUUGAUGUCAAGAACAGUGUUGACGAGGCUAGGGUGUUUUGGAUUUUGAGCACCUUACGAUUUCUGGAAAACGGUUUCAUUCCGUUUUACAUCGGUUGCAAUAGCUGCAAUAAAGGAAUUAACUACACAGUUGAAGGUGUUCAUUUUCAAUGUUUGAAUUGUGGUAACAUUAAUGGAGUUAGCACAAAGAGAUUUCGAUUGAGUGUUGAGGUAUCUGAUGCAACUGGGGAACUGCAAACAAAUCUAUUCACCAAUGAAGUGUACAAGUUGCUACGGAUGCUGGAAAUUAACAUCAAUCCCGAUUGCAUAAACAGUGCUGACUUGAAUGAUAAAGUCAAGGCUCUCACUUUCAUUGUUGCACUUAAAAUAGUGC